UUCGAGAUGCACAAAAUUCGUUACAAUUUGGUUGAAGACGACUUUUCACUGGACGAAGUGAUCCAGUCGGUCGCUACCCGUGGUCCGCAGGACAACCCUGUGCAUAUCCUGAAUCUGGAUAACAUCGUGGCGAAACAUCAGAAUUGGUGUAAGCAACUUCCACGUAUUGAGCCAUUCUACGCCGUCAAGUGCAACGAUGACCCGGCCAUCAUUAGGACUCUGAUCGCUCUCGGUGCAGGGUUCGAUUGUGCUUCUAAGAAGGAAAUUGAAAAGGUUCUCAAAUUGGGCGCGGAUUCCAACAAGAUUAUUUAUGCUCACACGGCGAAAUCAUUAGAUUCGAUCACUUACGCGAAGUCUUGUGGUAUCAACUUGAUGACCUUUGAUGGAGAGAUCGAGUUGGACAAGAUCAAAAAGUUGCAUCCGGAGGCGUCCUUAGUGUUGAGGAUACGUUACGACUCCCCCAACGCUAUGAUAUCUCUGGGAAAGAAAUUUGGCUGCGAUCCUGAGCAUGAAGCUCCUUACUUAUUGAAGUAUGCUAAGUCCCUUGGGUUAAACGUAAUUGGUGUCAGUUUUCACGUUGGAUCAGGAAAUAAGGAUCCUGAUUGCUUUUAUGGAGCUAUUAAAACAACCCGAUCGAUUUUCAGUGUUGCAACUGAACUUGAGUUCGAUCUCAGUAUUCUGGAUAUUGGAGGUGGUUUGCCGGGUGAUCACGAUCAACCGAUCGACGCUUUCGCAACGGCGAUCAACCUGGCGCUGCAUCGCUAUUUUCCGAUCAAAUCCGGUGUGCGUGUGAUUGCGGAGCCAGGAACGUAUUAUGUCGCAUCUGCAGUAAAUCUUGUGGUAAACGUUCAAUCGAAAAGAAUCAUUCGAUCCAGACAACAGGACAACAUUUCCGAAAUAAUGUACUAUCUGAACGAUGGUAUGUUUGGAUCGUUUGAUCGGCUGAGUCCUCGUCGUUAUCCUCCGACCGUGUUCCCCGGAAACUCUCAACUGGUACGCAACAGAAACAAAUUUCAGACCACGCUCUGGGGGCCCACUUGUGACUCCACCGAUUUGAUCGCUACUGGAUGGAUGAUGGAGGAGCUUCAGAUUGGAGAUUGUCUUGUGUUUGACAAUAUGGGAGCUUAUGGGUCGGUGUUGGCAACCAAUUUCAAUGGGUUUGCUAAGCCUAAGAUAUUGGUCUACAUCAGUCGAUCUUCGUGGGAUCAGUUGAAGCUCGAAAAAAAUGCCCGGAAAUUGAAGCGGCGUAAUCACUAAUCGAAACUGAAUGGAAAAUCCCUACAUGUUGAAGUGUGUGUAACUAUGAAACGAGAUAUGAUCUCGACGCGAUAAUUAGAACUGAAUGGUCGAUCGUGAGAAUUAUACCGCUGAUAUAAUUGCUUGAUUGCAUGAUUUAGUUCAUUGAUAAGUGCAUAUAUGAAUGGAUUUUUGAAAUGUGAUGUAUUAUUAGCAAUCGAGAAAAAGAUGAUGUACUUAAAAAUGUAUUUUACACUGUUGUAAACUUUACGUUAAUUUAAUAAAUUAAUUAGA